UAUAUCUUUUCCUCCUGAGCAGUGGAUGCUCUUUAUCUCAGGCACUUUAAUGACCUGUCUUCCUUGGUCUGCAUGCUGGCCUCCCCUACAGGAAGCUCUUAGGCCCCGCUCUUCUUGAAUGACUUUGUUUCUGCUGGGUCAGUGCCAUAUUCUGGCUCUUGCUGAGAGACUAAGCUUAGAACUGUUGCUUUUUCUCUGUCUAUACUCUGCAGAUUACACCCAGGGCAGCUAUAUUCAGAAGUCAUGAGGAAUGUGGUGGAGUCUUUCAACCCCCUUCCUCCUCCCAGCUUCUCUUCCAAGCUGCCCUAAGGGCCUUGAUCCAGAAAGCGCCUUCAGAAAGGUGGUGGUAUAGUCAUGGCAGGCUUGUUGAUGAGAAUUGGGUGACAGCAGAGUAGUUAGUGUUUGUGGCCAUUUGUCAUGGGUAACUUUCUGCUGUUAUUGUGUGGCAUGAGAAGGUGGGCAGGGUUGGAGGGAGGAUUGGAAUUUUUCCUCCUAGGACUAGAAACCUGGGUUCAUAAUCCUUCCCCUUUUCCUCCAGCUGUACCCCUUAAACUAUAUUGCAGUAGCACAAAAAGGUUUACUGCAAAGAGGGACUUUUGGACAUUACAUUUAUAGAUGAGGUCCCAUGGGUGAAACUCCUUAAGGCGUCCAGGUUGAGUCAGAGUGAUGCCAGUGUGAGACCUAGGUGGUGUGAAAACACCCCAGAACCAGGAAAUGGCUACAGCCUUGGAAGCAGAGGACCAGGAUCUUUGGGAAGAAGAGGGAAUUCUGAUGGUGAAACUGGAAGAUGAUUUCCCCUGCAGACCAGAGUCUGUCUUACAGAGGGAUGACUCUGUGCUGGAGACUUCUCACCAGAACUUUCGACAUUUUCGCUACCAAGAAGCAGCAAGCCCUCGAGAAGCUCUUAUCAGACUCCGAGAACUUUGUCAUCAGUGGCUGAGGCCAGAGAGGAGGACAAAGGAGCAGAUCCUAGAGCUGCUUGUCCUAGAGCAGUUCCUCACUGUCCUACCUGGAGAACUGCAGAGCUGGGUGCGGGGCCAGCGGCCAGAGAGUGGCGAGGAGGCCGUGACACUGGUGGAGGGUUUGCAGAAACAGCCCAGGAGACCAAGGCGGUGGGUGACCGUCCAUGUUCAUGGCCAGGAAGUCUUGUCAGAGGAGACAGUGCAUCUAGGGGCAGAGCCUGAGUCACCCAGUGAGCUACAGGAUCCAGCACAGACCUCGAGCCCUGAGCAGUCACAUGAGGAAGCCAACCAGAGCCCAGAUCAGGGGACCCCAGGACGGCAGAGCCUUCACUGUGAAGAGGAGUUCCAGCCCAUGCAGGAGAACGAGGUUCCAGUGCUUCGGGACCCAGACCUUUCUGCAGAGAGGAGCUCCAGAGACCCAGACAUGGUUGCCCUUCUAACUGCUCUGUCACAGGGACUGGUAACCUUCAAGGAUGUGGCUGUAUGCUUCUCCCAGGACCAGUGGAGUGAUCUGGAUUCAACACAAAAAGAAUUCUAUGGAGAAUAUGUCUUGGAAGAAGACUGUGGAAUUGUAGUCUCUCUGUCAUUUCCAAUCCCCAGACUAGAUGAUAUCUCCCAGGUUAGAGAAGAAGAGCCUCAGGUCCCAGAUAUCCAUGAGCCUCAAGAGCCUGAAGAGCCAGAAAUCCUGAGUUUUACCUACACAGGAGAGAGGAGCGAAGAUGAGAAGGAAUAUGUUGAGCAAGAUCUCAGCUUGGAGGAUGUGCACAGGUCUGUUUUGGGAGAUCCAGAAAUUCACCGGACUCCAGAUUGGGAAAUCAUCUUUGAGGAUAACCCAGAUAGAACUAAUGAAAGAAGAUUUGAUACAAACGUUUCUCAAGUUAAUAGUUUCUUGAAUCUUCGGGAAACCAUACCUGUCCACCCCCUGCUAGGGAGGCAGCAUGACUGUCCUGUGUGUGGGAAAAACUUCACGUGUAACUCUCACCUUAUUAGACACCUGAGAACUCACACAGGAGAGAAGCCUUAUAAAUGUAUGGAGUGUGGGAAAAGUUACACACGGAGCUCACAUCUUGCCAGGCACCAGAAGGUUCACAAGAUAAACACUUAUAAAUAUCCUCUAAAUCGGAAGAAUGUGGACAAGACCUCUCCACUGAUUCAAGGUGAGAGAACAGCAUCUGUGGAGAAACCCUACAGAUGUGAUGAUUGUGGAAAACAUUUCCGCUGGACUUCAGACCUUGUUAGACAUCAAAGGACACAUACAGGGGAAAAACCUUUCUUCUGUACUAUUUGUGGCAAAAGCUUCAGCCAGAAAUCUGUGUUAACCACACACCAAAGAAUCCACCUUGGAGGUAAAUCCUACUUGUGUGGAGAGUGUGGAGAGGACUUCAGUGACCACAAGCAGUAUCUGGCACACCGGAAGACGCAUGCAGCUGAGGAGCUCUAUCUCUGCAGCAAAUGUGGACACUGCUUCAACGACAGCACAGCAUUUGCCAAGCACUUAAAAGGACAUACCUCAGUGAGGCAGUGCCGGUGCAAUGAAUGUGGAAAAAGCUUCAAUCGGAGGGACCACCUGGUCAGGCAUCAGCGCACACACACCGGAGAGAAACCGUUCACCUGCCCUACCUGUGGGAAAAGCUUCAGCAGAGGAUAUCACUUAAUCAGGCAUCAGAGGACCCACUCAGCAAAGACCUCCUAGUGAGGUACCCACGUGAGAAGAUCUUCAUUCAGCCAUCACCCAGGAUGGGACGAGAGAACCUCUCAGGCAGCCUGGGAACACCUUUUCUAAGGUGUCUCCAGACUGCCAUACCUCUUCCCACCACCAAAUAAAAGCUUCAAGCAGAACCUCUAAUCUUGUUAUGCACCAUGAACUGAUGUUUUAUCCAAGGUACAACCUAAAUUGAGGCUUCUCCUUCACUGAAGUGCUCCUGCCUCUACCUCAUGGGAAUUAAAAUAGGAAAAUUAGAAGACUGAAGAGGUUGUGGUCACUCUAUUUUCUAAAUAAAUAGACUGUUAAAUAUCCUCAAAACUACUUAUCAGCCUCACUUUUAAAGUGGCCAAGGACAGUCCCUUAGGUCUGGUAAGGGACCAGCUUGAAGGGUUCUGUCCUUCCUGGGCUCAAAUCUUAAAGCACACAGCCACUAAAUUGAGACAGGAGAUUUGCUUCCUGAUGACUUUGCCAUACACAGGAUAGCAUAUAAAUCCUUUACUGUCUAACCCACUUCUUUACCAUGCACUUUCCUUUGAUGCUAGGGAGAAAUGGGAGGAAAUUCAAGAGCAAACCCCUCAAGGCUGCUUUAUGUGCACCUUGGCAAGGUGCUCCCUUCUCUACUGUCAAAAUGAUAUCAGAUGCCAGUCACUGCCAGAAUGGAAGGCCUGGUCAGAAGCCUGUUUGCUUGGGCAUUUUUUUGUUUGUGUGUUUCUUUUCCUGCCUUUAGACUUCUUACUGUUUAACAUUCUUUGUCCCUAGCACUUCUACUAUAAAUGAGAUAUAGAAUUUGAGGGAUUCCAUAAAGCAUAACUAAAUCAUGAUGAAAUCAUUUACAUUCCCACAUGUGUACAAACCCACCCCCACACACACACACAGACCUUCACAAUGCGUAUGUGAAGGGAUUUGGAACAGUGUCACCAUAUACAGGUUCUGUAACAUAGAAUUGUGAUUGUUUGCUUCAUUUACACGAAGAAAAGUGGAGAUCUAAGAUUACACUCUAGAAAAAUAAGGAAAAGCUGUUGCUGCUGGCCAGACCAUCAAGACUAUUCUGAUACUCUCCAUCAUCCCUGCUUCAUUUCCUUGAUGUCAGGAAAUUAUGAACCCAUCACCUGGGGCACUGUGGAGUCACAGGAGUAAAUGGCUCUCAUGUAUCUGUAUUGUUUGCUUUUUCUUACAUGAUUUCAUUAGUGUGUAAAGAAGAACUAAAUAUCUCAUGGCCCAAAGGUCUCUUUUGCCUGUUCAGGGUUCCAUGGUGAGGAGGCUGAAUAUGAACCUCACCUGCUUUGGUUGUGGGAGUGGCAAGGACUGGAGCACAGGGUAUGGGAAUAAAGCAUGAGAAGGGAAACAGUCUUCUGUGCCUGAUUGCUUCUGCUUGUUUCACAAUCUGUUGUGUGCUGUUGUACAUCAGAGGAAUGCAGUGGGUUAACAAGACCCCAGCCCAAAUAGUCUAACAAGGAAGUUCCUAUUUUGGCCAGUAAUGACAUUGUG